GGCACUCUUGCUCCAAGGAUAACGCAAAUAAAACUGGAAUAGAUUGGCCAGAGCAAACAAAAGUCACACACACACUGAUGUGCUGUGUGUCCGAAAUAAAAUCACAUAAAAUGCGACGAGGUCUGCAGCGUGCAUUUAACAACAGCCUGGAAAACAUACAAUAUUCAGACUAAGUGAGCCCACAAGUCCGGCUAUUCAUAAGGAAACCCUGAUAAGUCCUGCUCUAGUCGAGGUCCUUCGCACCGGAUCCUGGAGAGAUGCCGUCAAUGGAACCCUGGCUGGGGGGCGAUUCCUGGCUGGGGAUGUUGCGGCUCCGGCUGCAUAAAUCAAACAUGGACUUCACGUGUCUGAUCUGCUGCAGCCUGGCCUUCGUCCUAUAUCUGAACACGCUGAAUGCCGGUUUCGUCUACGACGACAGACGAGCUAUUCUGGCAAACUCGGAUGUCUCGGGCGGAACUCCCUGGCAGCGGAGCUUCUCGAACGACUUCUGGGGAACUCCACUGACAGACAGCGGAUCCCACGGCUCGUGGCGACCGCUGUGCGUGCUCAGCUUCCGGUUGAACUAUCUCUUUGGCGGGGGCUUUGCGCCGUGGGGCUUCCACCUGGUCAACAAUCUGCUCCAUUGUGUGGCCACUGCUUUGGUGGUGCGAGUGGCUCGCAGCCUCUUGGCCUCGGUGUGGGCAGUCCUGGCCGCCGGCGCCCUCUUUGCCGCCCACCCGAUUCACACGGAGGCGGUGGCCGGGGUUGUGGGCCGGGCGGACGUGGCUGCCUGCGUCUGCUACCUGCUCACGUACCUCAGUUACCUGCGACACAUGAGGUGGCGUGAAUCUGGGGAUCCCCGCCAGUGGUUGGCCCUAGGCGCCACUUUGAUCCUGGCCUUGGCCGGUCUACUCUGCAAGGAGACAGCUAUUACGGCGCUCUUAGUCUGUGCCCUCUUCGACGUGAUGCGCGGCUUGAGCGGACAGGUGGACAAGCAACGCCUUCGAUCUGUGUGCAUAGUUCUUGGAGCUCUGUUCUGCGGCGUCUACUGCCGCCUGGUGAUUGUGCCCGGACCGCAGACAGCCUUCUCCAGUGCGGACAACCCCAUCGCAAAGACUCCAUCUGCCUGGACGAGGCUGCUGACCUUCCUCUACCUGCCCGUCUUCAAUCUGCGCUUGAUGCUCCAACCAAAUGUGCUGAGUUUCGACUGGGGCAUGGAUGCCCUUCCCAGGGUCACAUCUCUGUGGGAUCGCCGCAAUGCCCAGUCAGCCUGUUUCUACUCGGUGUUGGUGAGUGUGGCGUGGCGCAGCUGUCGCCAGCUGAUAAGCGGGGCAAAGGAGGUUAGCCCCAGCGGGGUGUCUUCCUUUCCGCAGUACCACAUCCAAAAGGUGGCCAGUCGCAAGUCACGCUCCAAGCGCAAGAGAAUGGCCAACAAUAGCAAGUACCAAGCCUUUGAGGCAGCCUAUCACCACCAGGAAGCGCUUCCAUGUCGCGAUUGUAACAACAACAGUAGCAGUGGCUAUGUCUACGAGGGAAAUCCCCCAGUUCCCCAAAACCAAACCCAAAACCCUCACCUUGUGUCUUCCGCCUUUCGCGGCUCCCGCAGCAGCAGCAGCUGCAGCAACAGCACAAAUAGCUCCAGUUCCAGCUCCUCAAGUUCGAGUUCUAGUAGCAGUAGCUCCAGUUCGAGUGGCAGCUUCCAGUGCUCCUCCAAGGAUUACGCGCUGGAGGGGAUGUCGCCCGGGAAUCGGCAUGCCUGCGUGCUCAUCAUGUCCCUUAGCUUCCUGGCUCUGCCUUUCCUGCCAGCCAGUAAUCUGCUUUUCUACGUGGGAUUCGUAGUAGCCGAACGACUUCUGUACCUUCCAAGCGUUGGCUUCUGUCUACUGGUUGGCUAUGGGGUCUCCAAGCUGAUGGCCUGCAACCAGAGGACUCGUAAUACCCUAUUAUUGAGCUUCAGUGUCCUCUUGGCCGCCAUGAGCCUGAGGACUUUGAGAAGGAACGCCGAUUGGCGGGACGAGGAGAGUCUGUACCGCAGCGCCAUUGCCAUCAAUCCGCCAAAGGCGUUGGGCAAUCUGGGCAGCGUACUCAGUUCACAGGGUCGGUACGAGGAGGCCAAACAGGUCCUGCAAGAGGCCAUUCGCUACAGGCCCAACAUGGCGGAUGUGCACUUCAAUCUGGGCAUCCUGCACCAGAAUCAGCAGGUCUAUUCCGCAGCUGUCGAGUGCUUUCAGCGCGCCAUCAAGUUCCGACCAAAUCUGGCGGUGGCCUACCUCAAUCUGGGCAUAUCAUUCAUAGCGCUGGGCAAGCGCCAGCAGGCCAUCGAAAUUCUGCAGGCGGGCGCCAACUUGGAUGGGGCUGCUGUUCGAGACCGAGGUGCCCAUGAUCAGGCCCGCAGCUCGGCCUACUUGCAGUUGGGGGCCCUCUACGUGGAGCAGGGUAAACUCCAACGGGCUCUGGCCGUCUAUCGAGAGGCUCUGUCUUCCCUGCCAGGACUGCCGCAACAGCGGGAGGUUCUCUACCAGCGAAUCGGGGAUGUCCUCGGUCGCCUGCAGCAGUGGGACGAGGCGGAGAGGCACCAUCGAGCCGCCCUCGAACUGCAGCCCAACCAGGUGGCCGCCCAUCUCUCCUACGGCAUUACACUGGCCAGAAAUAGCAGUCGCGCCUCGGAGGCGGAGAUGUGGUUCAAGCGGGCCUUGCAACUGGCUCCCGAGCAGGCCAGUGUCUAUCAUCAUUAUGCCGAAUUCCUCUCCCUGCAGUCGCGACAUCAUGAGUCCGCUAUCUAUCAUCGGAGAGCUGCAGAAUUGGCGCCCAACGACUACGCUCUGGUGGUGGCUGCUGCAACUGCAAUGCGACUACUGGACAGGAAGGUGGAGGCAGAGAUGUGGUACAGAAAGGCUGUGGCCCUGCGACCGGACGAUGCCCAUGCUCACACCAAUCUGGGGGCCAUACUGCAUCUGCUGGGACGCACGAAUCAUGCGGCUGCCAGUUAUAAGGCGGCGCUGCGACUUCAGCCCGGAGAUACCAUCACGCUGGGCAAUCUGGCCAAGCUGGGCGUUACGAAUGUCUAGCAACUGUAGUGGCCACUAUAGCCAACCAGCUAAUGAUUAAGUUAAUUAGUCGCAGAGCAGAGAUAUUUUUAUAUAGGAAACAGGAGAAGGAACCAGGAAGGGCUAGAGAAAGCGUUAGAUAACUCUACAGAAUUUAUACAAAGGACUUCGAUACAUAUGUAUAUCAUUUAGCAGCUGGCAGCCGUGUAAAUAUCCAAGCAGCGACCAAGGAAUGUCACAAAAUAGAUAGAGAUACCGAUUGAGAGCUACAGAUACAGAUAGAAUCAGUGGAGAAGCGACAGAGAGAACAAUAAUUAAAAUAUCUAACUGUUAAGGGAACGAGUUACUGUACAGCCAUAGAAGCAGGACCGAUCCGUGGGAACGAUGAUUGGGUAACUACUCGUAAUGUGCUUAAAUAUCCGUGUAAAUUACUGUAAAUAUGGGACACCCGCAAGGCACUCUGUGGGUCAUAUUAUUGACUAUAUAUAUACGAUAUGACUUGGCUUCUCGAGAUUGUUUUGUCCGUUGUGUGUACAUUUUAGUUAAGCGAAUAAAGAUACCAAUAAAGAAAUGUAUGGAUUGUAUAAAGAUAUGGCAAGGAGAAUAUAAUAAAACCCAAUGAAUUGAAAUGGAA